CUGCAGGCUGAGGGAAAGCAGAGGGAAAGGUAUGUUGAGCAGCCUUGGACGCUACCAACGUAAGCUGCAGAGGGGUGUUCUUUCGUACACGCUAGGUUAAAUGUAAACACCUCAAUCGCACAAAGAUUUCACAACCACUGCGUUGCUUUUAAAAAUUGAGGGAAAGAGACGCCGUGUAACAGAAGCGUUUCCGGCCGAUUCCUUUUGUGUUUGUCACCCCUCCUACACACGGUUGGGAAAUUCCCUCCACAUGUAUAUUUGAUUUGUGAGUGUUGGGGAGCCCGAUGGGGUUGAGUUCGCAGCUCGGGAUUAUGUGCUAGACUAGCGAGCGCGGUUGAGGAGUCAAAGCAAGAGUUACAUGGAAGAAGGUGUGUUUGGGAAUACUUUGGGAAUACGCAGAACUAACGCCACCAAAAAGAUUCUGACGGUGGAUCUGCUGUGUGUUGAUGCAGGAGAAACUGUUGUUUUAAAACAGUUGUGUGGUUUAAGUUCUCUGGUCACAGGAUCGUGCGUGUGGAUCUUUUUUUUUUUUUUUUUUUAUGUGUGCAUCUCAAUUAUCUGAUCCCGUUGUGACUGGGAGGUGCUCAGGGGUGGAGCUCCAGUGAGGGGCACGAAUCUACAGGCUGCAGCCUCUCAAACAUGAGCAAACUGUCUUUCCACAAUAACAAGACGAUGCAGGACCGCCGGUGUGUGUGUGUGUUCCUCCCGAAUGAUGAAACACUCAAUGUAAUAGUCAGUGUUAAGACUGUGUGUCAGGAGUUGUUGGUGCAGGUCUGUGAUCUGCUUAGAUUGAAGGACUGUCAUCUGUUUGGCCUCAGUGUUAUUCAGAAUAAUGAACAUAUAUAUAUGGAACUGGGACAGAAACUGUCAAAAUAUUGUCCAAAAGAGUGGAAACGGGAAGCCAGCAAGGGAAUUGACCAGUUUGGACCUCCAAUGAUUGUUCACUUCAGAGCACAGUAUUAUGUUGAAAAUGGAAGACUUAUCAGCGAUCGCAUGGCACGGUAUUAUUACUACUGGCAAUUGCGGAAGCAGGUACUGCAGUCUCAGUGCAUCCAGAGAGAAGAGGCUUAUUUCCUUCUGGCUGCAUUUGCGCUGCAGGCUGACCUGGGAAACUUCAAACGGAACAAACACUUUGGUGCCUAUUUUCAGCCAGAAGCUUAUUUCCCCUCCUGGGUAAGUCUGCACAGCACCCCAUUAAACUACUUCCUGAUGAAUCAUUAUGCUGAUCAAGCUUGUUAAACGUGUGUUU